UUUCCUCCUGAGAAACACACGGAGGAGGAAGGAAGAAAGAGUGAAGGGGGUAACAACAGAAAGUGCGACAGAGGGCAACAAGUUAGAAACGUGAGAGAAAGAGGGAGACGCUCUAAGGAUAGUGAUUCUCGCUCUCAAUUACUGAGGUUAAUUAACAAGAAGUGCUAUAGGAUGCUGAUGCUGGAUGGAAUGCCCACCCUGCCCGUCAAAAUUGAACCUGCAGAGUCACAGAGGCGGUCUCCUGUGAUCCAUGACUAUACAGAGAUGGGUGUGCUAGUGUUGAACCGAAGAUUUCGGACACAGUCAGACAACAUACGAUUCCUAUCCGACCCCUUCCAGACGCAAACAGAGCCCGUGGACCUGUCCACCAACAGAGCCAGAACUUCCCCAUCGCGUUCAGCAUCGUCAUCUUUGUCCUCAUCUCCUUCAUCAUCCUCAUCAUCAAUACAAUUUUGUCCACGGUCCCCUCCCUCCUGCAAGUCUUUGUCAUCUUUACCAUCAUCAACAUUAUCUUUGCCUUCAUCUUCCUCUGCUUCUGUCAUAACCCCAGUUCCACGUUUGAAAAUGUCUCCAUCCAACUCUGGCCCAGUGAUGGCAUCUCUCCAAUCCAGGAGUCUCAGGGGGCAAUCGUUUUUGCACAUACCCCAACUGAUGCUUCCUUGCUCCAGCCCCAUCCACCUCCACCCUCGUAGAGUACCAGUUGUGGUACAGCCCAUGCCUCUGGUUUACACUGGGGUGGGAUCGCUGGGCAACAGCAGACUUAUGAUGCCACAUCUGGAGGAGAACAGGAUGCACAGGAAAGUCAUACAACGAAUCGCAGAUGGGCUGUCACCACGGCGAUCUUUGAGUGAAAGCGAGGAUGAUGACCUGCCCAACGUGACCUUGGAGAGUGUCAAUGAAACAGGCUCAACUGCGCUGACCAUCGCCCGUGCUGUGCAAGACUCCUUGUUGCCGUUCAGUAUUGAGAGUCUACGUAGGCACAGAACCUCAGAGUCUCCUGAUUCAAAGCGAAGACGCAUCCACAGGUGUGAGUUUGAUGGCUGCAACAAGGUUUACACCAAGAGCUCCCAUCUUAAAGCCCACAGACGCACGCACACAGGUGAAAAGCCAUACAAGUGUACAUGGGAUAACUGCACAUGGAAGUUUGCUCGCUCUGACGAGCUGACACGCCAUUACCGCAAACACACCGGCGUCAAACCGUUUAAAUGCAGUGACUGCGAUCGCAGCUUCUCCCGCUCUGACCACCUCGCUCUCCACCGACGCAGACAUGCACCUCAGACAUGCAUAGUGUGAUAAAGACAUUGAUGACAGACAGAUCGAUGGACAAAUAAGCAGACAGAGCAGGUCUCUAUCUGCCAGUGUUAAAUGCAGAAGGUCUGGAUUUGUUCCCUGCAUAAUAUUUAGAUGAAAGAGAUGAGCGUUCUUGGAAAUAGGACGGGGAGGAGAGAUGGGAGGUGAGGGAAAAAAUAGGAGGGUCUUAAUAUGAGCUUUAUGUAUUACGAUUAUUCAUUGGCAUUUAUGUUUCCCUCAUCCAGUUUAUAUUUGGCACUUUUAUGAAAGGUUUAUUCCCAUCAACAUAAAGGAAGGAGCCUCAGUCAAUCUGACAUUUAACAUUAGUUCAAGCCAUAAGUGUCAGAGCUGGGAUCUUGUAUCAAAACCCAUGUGCCAUGAGGAUAUCUGAUACUCAAAAGACCUUUUUUCAGGUCUACUGAGCGACCUGCCAAUUGCAGUUUUUGAUUUCACGACAGUCUGUUAACUAUUUAGAAUUAUUUAGUAUAUUAUUAUCUAAUAUAUUCUUUAAGCAGCAUUUGGUAAAUGAAAGUCACUUAAAAAAAAAAAGAAAUUUAAACACACAAAAGAAAACAUCAAAAUAAGUCAAAACAAAGACAAAGAAAAUAAGGCAAACAAACAGAAUAUAUUACAAUAUCCUAAUCAUGUAUUUAUUACAAGUUCACAUUUUAGUUUCAAACCCAACAUGGGCUCCAAAUUUAAUUAUCACUUUAUUGUGAAUUGCAAACUGAACGUGAGGAGAAGGCCAUACUAUUACUGUAAAGUAGUGUUUUGUCCUCUCAGGUGUCAGUCGAAUGGGAGAGAGGUAGAGACGUUUUCUCACACCCUUUUAAACUUUCCUUGCAUCAUUUGUGCAUAAAACUAGUGUAGCAGAUGUCUGUAUAUUUUAUAGAAUUGACCAUGUGGUAUAUACAUUUUGUUUGUUUGUAUUGUGUUUCAUAUAUUUGUUCUGUCCAUAAAUAUGUGAUGCUAAAAUGUAAAGUAUUUUACAGGGAUCCCAGUGACUAAUAAUCAUGUGUGUAAAUGAUUGUCAAAUGUUCAUUACUUUUAAUUUCUCUUCUACAAUGAUGUAUCUGUAAAUGAAGUUAUGGCAAACAUUUAAUUUUAUAUGGAUUUAACUGUGAAUUUAUAAAUAAAUACAGUAUAUGUUAGUUUAAGGCAUGAAUAAAAGCACCAAUUUGUACUGUAUGUACAGAAUAGACUUGCUUGAUCAUCUAAUUAUAGAAUAAAAUGUA